GUAUUGUAUUCGCAAUAAUAUGUGUUUGAAUCGUAAGAUUGGUUGCGAUUACGAGAUCCACGUCUACUGCUCUUCACGUCUCAUAUGAGCUAAAAAUACUCAACCAUUGCAUCAGUCGUUUGGCUGAAGACAUCCUCUCCUCUCUCAACGCAAUGCUUACGUUAUAAGCGAUUAGUGUUUAUAAAUAGUCCAGAGUUUGGGUUUUUUGGUGUCAUUCGUGUCAUACAUAUCGCAUACAGUGAGAGAUAGUUAACCGUAAGAUUAACCGUUAGUAUCGGAUCAGCUGGUGAUCUAUAAGCACCACAUUUAUAUAGACAAUGUCUGCGGACGUGAAUCAGAUGCCUAUCAUUAACGACCAGAACAUGAUAUCCGAGCUGUUCGUGAAGCGCGCCAAUGGAUCAGCUGUUGAGCCAUCGCUGAGACAAUUGGUGGCCAACAGCGGCGGUCAAUCGUUAAUUCACUUUCAAAGGAAAUGUUUAGUGAAUCCGACCGACGAAGAGGCGAUCCAAUUGACCACUCAUUUAGUGAAUCGAUUGGAAGAAUCGGGAGAAACCAUUUAUCUCGUUGGAUGUUCUGAGUCUGGAGAGAGUGGUCUAUCUGAGGAUGAGUUGAACGCUUCGGUGGCGAAUCUGCACCGAUUGGCCGAUAAGAUAGACUCCGAUUGUAUAGUAUUGAGGCGACGGCGCGGCGACUCCGGUGUGGGUCAAGUGGCCGAGUAUUUGGUCCGCAAACGCGCCAAAAGCAAUGAUUUCCAAGAGGUGAGAGUGGCUGUCGUGGGUAAUGUGGACGCCGGCAAAAGUACACUAUUGGGUGUCUUAACACACGGCGAACUCGACAACGGCCGCGGACUCGCCCGACAGAGACUCUUCAGACAUAAACACGAAAUGGAAUCAGGCCGGACAUCGAGUGUCGGUAACGAUAUACUGGGUUUUGAUAGUAAGGGAAGUGUUGUGAACAAACCGGACGCACACGGAGGACAUCUCGAUUGGGUAAAGAUAUGUGAGGCGUCCUCUAAAGUGAUUACAUUCAUCGAUUUGGCCGGACAUGAGAGAUAUCUGAAGACCACUAUUUUUGGAAUGACAGGACACGCACCCGAUUAUACUAUGCUUAUGGUGGGCGCCAAUGCCGGUGUCGUUGGCAUGACUAAAGAGCAUUUGGGUUUAGCGCUGGCACUGAAUGUCCCGGUGUUUGUAGUGGUGACCAAAAUCGAUAUGUGUCCGCACAAUGUGUUGCAAAAUACGCUGAAACUGUUGCAAAGGGUACUGAAAUCUGCCGGAUGUCGAAAGAUUCCGGUUAUGGUUCAGAGCGAAGACGAUGUGGUGAUAGCGGCCACCAAUUUCGCCACCGAACGGCUCUGUCCUAUAUUCCAGGUGUCGAACGUUAGCGGAGAUAAUCUGAAUCUCUUGCGGAUAUUCCUUAAUCUUUUGACCCCUCGGACGGCCAAUCACGACAAAGAGGCCGCAGAGUUCCAGAUCGACGACACCUAUUCUGUGCCGGGCGUCGGAACUGUCGUAUCGGGUCUUACCCUCAAAGGAGUGGUUCGACUCAAUGAUGUCUUAUAUCUCGGACCCGACUCUUUGGGUCACUUCUCGCCCAUUGCUAUCAAAUCCAUACAUCGAAAGCGAAUGCCUGUCAAAGAAGUCAGAAGCGGACAGACGGCCUCUUUUGCGCUUAAAAAAAUGAAAAGAUCUGAUAUAAGGAAAGGUAUGGUAAUGUUGUCGCCAACACUCAACCCUCAGGCCUAUUGGGAGUUUGAGGGAGAGAUACUGGUCUUACACCACCCGACGACCAUUAGUGCACGAUAUCAAGCAAUGGUCCAUUGCGGAAGCAUUCGUCAGACGGCGUCCAUACUAUCGAUGUCCAGACAGUGUCUGCGAACCGGUGAUAAAGCUAUCGUUCACUUCCGGUUCAUUAAGAAUCCCGAGUACUUACACGUCGGCACUCGUAUGGUGUUCAGAGAGGGCCGAACCAAAGCUGUCGGUCAUAUUUCCAAAUUAUUGACUGGCGUUCCGCCCAAUAUCAACAUAAAUAAGUCCAAAACGAAAAAAAUGCUGCGACAGUCGAUGCCCACCGGGCAGACAGUUCUGACCUCUGGGGCCACUCAAGACGAGAACGCCGUCGACGGCGAGAAUCAAAUGGACACCGAAAACGCGGUUAAGAGCCAAAGAAAUGUGCGAAACCGUGGCCGACAUCGAGGCGGGACCAGACAUAACAAGAACUACAGCACCGAUACGACUGAAAUCUGUGCCGAGACGUCGACUGUUAAUUGA